CCUUGCCGCGCCUCCCGCACGGUACGAACCCCGGUCUGCUUAUGUAUAUCACGAAAGUACAGGACCUCGGCCUCCCGGGUCCACUCAGCUCCAGCUCGCCACAAUAUCUCAGCUCCUGGGUCCUGGAUGCUGGAUGCUGGAUGCAGCGGUUCCUUUCCGACACAGAUGAUGGCACCAACCAACCCAAAACUUCCCGACCCUUACCACCACUACCACCACCACCACCGAAGACCGACAUCACCUGAUCUCCAUCUCUCUUCCGCCGUUUGGAAAUCAGGCGAUGCCCCUUCGGGCGAGGGUGUUGCGCCCCCCCCGCCCCGCCUCCCCCUCCACGCGAAGCGGGACUUUGAAACCCCGCGACAUGCAGUACGACGACGCGUCGAUCUGCCCGAAGCGGGUGCUCUGUAGGCGAGGAGGG